UUGAAAGGCAAGUCAUGUCACUGGCAGUUUCCUGUCUCAAACGGAACUUUACUCCAAGGACAGUUUCAAGUUCUUUUCUCCUAACCAGCUUCGCGUUCAUUGCUAUACUUUAUCCUCAAGGUUUCCAUCAUGCAAAGACCACGUCUUCUACUAAUACCCAUACUGCUGCUACUCCUGGCCUUUCCUGGCUCCAAGGGCCGUUACAACGAUGAUUUUGAUGAUGGGGAGGACCUAGCAGAGUUUGAUGACAAUGACUUUGCAGAGUUUGAGGACAUGAAUGAGGAUUUAACAGCUGAGAAAGAAAGCGCCCCCCCUCCACGAGGCUCAUCUGCACAGCCUGAAGAAGAUGAAGAUGAAGCCACUGUAGAGCUGGAAGAUGGUCAAGACGGUUUUGAGGACUCGGAUACCCAAGAUCAAGAUGGAAAGUAUGACCAGGAUGAGUUUGAGGGAUUUGGCGAUUCGGAAAAGCCUGGCCCCUCUAUGAAGGACCCGCUAAUAAUUCACACGGUUCCUGCACAUCUUCAAAACAGCUGGGAAAGUUAUUACAUGGAAAUCCUCAUGGUGACCGGCCUGUUGGCGUACAUCAUGAACUACAUCAUUGGCAAGAACAAAAACAGUCGGCUGGCUCAGGCUUGGUUCAAUUCACACAAAGAGCUUCUAGAGAGCAACUUUGCACUAGUGGGUGAUGAUGGAACGAGUAAAGAAGCUGUCAGCACUGGGAAACUGAAUCAGGAAAAUGAACAUAUCUACAACCUGUGGUGCUCUGGGCGUGUGUGCUGUGAAGGCAUGCUGAUUCAGCUCAAGUUUCUGAAGAGACAAGAUCUUCUGAAUGUUCUUGCCAGGAUGAUGAGGCCUGCAUGUGACCAAGUGCAAGUUAAAGUGACUCUUAAUGACGAGGACAUGGACACUUUUGUGUUUGCUGUGGGUACAAAGAAAGCAAUGGCUCGAAUGCAGAAGGACAUGCAAGACUUGAGUGAAUUCUGUGGAGACAAGCCGAAGUCCGGUGCUAAAUAUGGGCUUCCAGACUCCCUGGCUAUUCUUAGUGAGAUGGGCGAAGUCACAGAUGGUGUGAUGGAUAACAAGAUGGUACACUACAUCACCACCCAAGCGGAAAAGAUUGAGUCCAUCCAUUUUUCAGACCAAUUUUCUGGUCCAAAAGUUAUGCAAGAGGAGGGUCAGCCUCUAAAGCUGCCUGAGACUAAGAAGACACUCCUGUUUACAUUUAAUGUGCCUGGAAUGGGCAACACGUCUCCCAAAGAUAUGGACUCACUGCUUCCUCUCAUGAACAUGGUGAUCUACAGCAUCGAUAAAGUCAAGAAGCUCCGUCUAAACAGAGAGGGAAAACAGAAAGCUGACAGGAAUAGGGCUCGGGUGGAAGAAAACUUCCUGAAACAGACUCACGCUCAGCGCCAGGAGGCAGCCCAGACCCGCCGCGAGGAGAAAAAGAGAGCCGAGAAGGAGAGAAUCAUGAAUGAAGAGGAUCCAGAAAGACAACGUCGUCUGGAGGAAGCAGCUCAACGACGCGAGCAGAAGAAGAUGGAAAAGAAGCAGAUGAAGAUGAAACAGAUCAAAGUCAAAGCCAUGUGAAUGAUCGCUGUGCAGAAAGACAUACAAGCACAUGUAAAAACUGUGCCGGCUCAGUUUUUCCUCUCGCUUCUCUCACCACAGCUCCAACUCCACAGGUGCCAUGCAGCUUCAGACAGACAUGAGCGGCCGUGUCGGGCUUAACUGUAACACUACCUGUCUUUUUGUAACGGAAUAACCAAAUGUCGGACAUGCAGGCCUCUUCACCACCAAAAUCAUCCUCUGUCAUUAUGUUUUUCUACAUUAUUAAUAUCUAUUUAAGACUGCAUCAUAGCUUGCUAAGCUUUUAACUAUAAUUUGCAGAAAAUGAGAACAUUAUUUGGUGGUAUGGUGCCACAUUUAAGGACCGAAAGAAACAAUGUCGAUUCAAUAGAAAUGUAUUGGCAUUAAUAUUUUCUUUAAACAAUCAUCUCAAGGAAUUUAAUAUAUAUAUAAGCGUACCAGGAUUUUUUUUCCCCCCUUAGACUGUUUCUAAUGAUUUUCUGAGCAAACAAUAAACUGCACUGGUGUGUCGAAAAAC